AUGGAUCGAUCGAAAGUAUCGCGUAAGUUGCGUAAAUGUUUGCAGCAACUAGCAAAACACGAUCCGGAUGUGAAAGUUUCAUCUACGCCAACAAAAAUAUUGUUUGUUGCAAACAGCAGUCCAUUAUGUGGGAUUUCAUAUGAUGACCUAGAAAAAGUAUUCCAUUCAUUUGAUGAAGGUUGCUGUGAUUUUAUUGUAUUUCAAACGCAGCGUCCUUAUUCUUUCGUUAUUUUUCGUACCAUAGAAGCCGCUAAGUUAGCAUAUAAAAAUCUUCAUGGACAAGUACCUCAAGAAUUUGGCCAUAAUGGUUUAGCGCUAUAUAUUUCAUUUGUUGAAAACGUGCCUGAAGUUAAGAAUGUUGAAUCGCUUUGUAAACCAAACGAUUUGCGUCUUUUGCUGAAUUUUAUCAAUGAUGAUGAAGAAGCAGCUCUAAUAUCUUUUAUUCAAGAUUACUUACCAACGGGAAAAACAUUGAAAAGUCGCAAAGUUAUUCAUUUUGGUUUUGAAUUUAAUUAUGAUAUUAAUGUGGCUGAGGAGCCAUCACCAAAUUCAAUGCCAACAGUUUGUGAAGCUAUAAUUGACAAGAUGCUUAGUGCUGGACUCUUCCAGGAAAAACCAGAUCAGUUGACAGUUAAUGUCUAUGAGCCUGGUAAUGGCAUACCAUCACACAUUGAUACUCAUUCUGCAUUCACUGACACUAUUGCUUCAUUGAGUUUGAUUUCAGAUAUCGUUAUGGAAUUCCGUGAUUUGGCAAAUACGUCAGCAGUGUACGAUGUUCUGCUUCCACGUUUAAGUUUGGUAGUUAUGCAAGGUGAAUCGCGAUAUCGAUGGAAACAUGGCAUUGCGAAACGAAAAUACGAUGUGAAUCCUAUCACAAGUAAAUUGAUGCGGCGACAAUGUAGAGUUUCGUUUACGUUUCGAAAAGUAUUGCGAGGAAAAUGUCAGUGCUCAUUCACCGAAUACUGUGAUUGGGACCGUGAUGGAUUAAUGAAAGUUCCUGAUAAUGAUGAACGUGGCAGAGAAAUCGAGAAGCAAUAUGUUUCUUUAGUUUAUGAAUGUAUUGCUGAUCAUUUUGACACAACGCGGCAUGCUCAGUGGAAUGGUGUUGCCAACUUUCUGAAACGCUUGGAAUCUGGAACUAUAAUUUAUGAUAUUGGUUGCGGAAAUGGAAAAUAUCUCGUACUGGAUGAUGAAUUUAUCAAAAUUGGUAGUGAUUUGAGCAACAGUUUAUGCUUGAUUGCUUACAGAAAAGGUUGUAGUGUGUUGCGUGCGAAUAUUUUAGCACUACCAUUUAAAAGUUCAAGCGCAGGUGCAGUUUUGUGCAUCGCCGUCAUCCAUCACUUGACCACAAAGUUAAGAAGGAUUCGCGCGAUUCAAGAACUAAUCCGAGUUUUGGAACCAGGUGGACGAGCAUGUAUUACCGUUUGGGCAUACGAGCAAGCUUUGUCUAAUGAACCUUCUGAAUAUUUGAAGAUGCGACGAAAAAAACGUAACGUGCAGAUGAAUCGCCGUGACAGCAAUGGAAGGCUGAGGGUUCAUGAAGGCAGAGAAUUUACUCAAUCAGAUAUGCUUGUCCCUUUUCAAAAUUCUGAUGGAAAACGGUUUUUAAGGUACUAUCACUUAUUUCGCGAUAUUGAACUUGAAGAAUUGAUCAAUGAGGUCAGUGGUUGCGCAGUUGAUGAGUAUUUUUAUGAACAGGGAAACUGGAUUGCAUACGUUAAAAAAAUAUAG